CCAGUGCGCCGCGCUCUCAGCCGGUAGCGCCCGGGGCGCUCGCUCGGGGGCCGCGCAGCCCAAGGCCGGACCGCGGAUAAGGGGCGAGGGCGGCGCCCAGGCGCCCCGGCGUGCACAGGCAGCAUGAGCAUCGAGAUCCCGGCGGGGCUCACGGAGCUGCUGCAAGGCUUCACGGUGGAGGUGCUCAGGCACCAGCCCGCCGACCUGCUGGAGUUCGCGCUGCAGCACUUCACGCGGCUGCAGCAGGAGAACGAGCGCAAGGGCGCCGCGCGCUUCGGCCAUGAGGGCAGGACCUGGGGGGACGGGGGCGCAGCCGCCGGGGCCGGCACUCCCAGUAAGGGUGUCAACUUCGCGGAGGAGCCCAUGCGCUCCGACUCGGAGAACGGCGAGGAGGAGGAGGCCGCGGAAGCAGGGGCAUUCAACGCUCCAGUUAUAAACAGGUUCACAAGGCGUGCCUCAGUAUGUGCAGAAGCUUAUAAUCCUGAUGAAGAAGAAGAUGAUGCAGAGUCCAGGAUAAUACAUCCCAAAACUGAUGAUCAAAGAAACAGAUUGCAAGAAGCUUGCAAAGACAUCCUGCUGUUUAAGAACCUGGAUCCAGAGCAGAUGUCUCAAGUAUUAGAUGCCAUGUUUGAAAAGCUGGUCAAAGAAGGGGAGCACGUAAUUGAUCAAGGUGAUGACGGUGACAACUUUUACGUCAUUGAUAGGGGAACGUUUGAUAUUUAUGUAAAAUGUGAUGGUGUCGGAAGGUGUGUUGGUAACUACGACAACCGCGGGAGUUUUGGAGAACUGGCCUUAAUGUACAACACACCCAGAGCAGCUACAAUCACUGCUACCUCUCCCGGUGCUCUGUGGGGUUUGGACAGGGUAACCUUCAGGAGAAUAAUUGUAAAAAACAAUGCCAAAAAGAGAAAGAUGUACGAGAGCUUUAUUGAGUCCCUGCCAUUCCUCAAGUCUCUGGAGGUUUCUGAACGCCUGAAGGUGGUAGAUGUGAUUGGCACCAAAGUUUACAGUGAUGGAGAACAGAUCAUUGCUCAGGGAGACUUGGCGGAUUCUUUUUUUAUUGUAGAAUCUGGAGAAGUGAAAAUCACAAUGAAAAGAAAGGGUAAAUCAGAAGUGGAAGAGAACGGCGCCGUGGAAAUUGCUCGGUGUUUUCGGGGACAGUACUUUGGAGAGCUUGCCCUGGUCACUAACAAACCAAGAGCAGCAUCUGCACAUGCCAUUGGAACUGUCAAAUGUUUAGCUAUGGAUGUGCAAGCAUUUGAAAGGCUUUUGGGACCUUGCAUGGAAAUUAUGAAAAGGAACAUCACCACCUACGAAGAACAAUUAGUCGCACUGUUUGGAACAAACAUGGACAUUGUUGAGCCCACUGCAUGAAGCUAAAGUAUGGAGCAGAGAGACCAUUAGGGGAAAGUUGCAUAGUAGUGGUCAGUCCACCCAGAAUGUGUUUGUGUAGAUGCCGAGCAUUUUCUGUGAUUUCAGGUUUUUCCUUUUUUAAACAAGAAACCUUUACAAUGUAUCAGUGAACAGUAGUGAUUUAAUAGUCAGUAGGCUUUAACAUCACUUUCUAAUGGGUAGUUCAUAAAUCAACAGAAUCAUAAAAAUGACUUUCUAUUCCAUAAAAAUUAUUUGACUUAAAGUUUUAUUCAAAUGGUUAAUAUAUUGAAAGCAUACAUGUUUAAGGAGAUAAUUAAAAGAUGUAAUCAUAGGCCAACCUGUGUGUUUGGAUUAUUCAAAUAUAUUGCUGACUGUGCCCGUUUAAGAGGGAAGCUGGUUUCAUGCGAUUUAACAUGGCAUCACAUUCUUUUUAUAAUUCAUCAUAUAGUCAUGUGUCAGUCAUUUCAUUUUCUAGUUUUUCUGGCUUGAUAAGUUCUGUGUUAGCCUUGACCUAUUGGUGGAAUGGUAUGAAACAUCAUAUGCAAUUUUAAAAUUUUUUAUAUUUUUGCAAUAAUGUACAUUUUGACUUCUUUGACAAAUGUCAGUCAGUAGCCUACGUAAUCGAGUGGCUUUUGAGGCUGGUAAUUUAGUCAUUAUGAUGCCUGGGCAAAGAGUCUUUUAAUAUCAAAGAUCAUAAAUACAUUUUCCAUCAUCAAAUAUAUCUUAUCACAUCUUCCUUUUUAUUUUGCAACUCCCUGUAUUCUUUAUAAAUUGCAUUUUGACACAAUGUCACAAAAGGUUUUUUUUUUUUUUGAAGGCUAUUUAAGCUUAAAUCUGACUUUUUGUCCUCUAAAAGUCCUGCAUAUUUAGAAAAAGGAAAUUUUUCCUAUCAAGAAAAAGGAAAACUUUCUUAUCAAAAAUUGUCUGGAAUUCCUACGCACAUGCCCACAGAAGGUUGCUUUGCUCUUUAUGGUCCAAGUACUGCAGUGCUGUGCACAUUCUGUGCCGGUGGUUUUCUGUUCUUGUCAUGAUCACCAACCAGCAAGCUCGUGAUCAGCAGCCAAUCAAGUGUGUUUGUUGUUUCCAGCCUUCACACACUCUGCUGCAGUGGUGGAGAUAAGUCUGUAUACAAGCAAAGCCAUGCACGGUGAUUGGUGGAAUUUUGGUCUAUACUUCACUUUAGGCUUUGUCCUUGCUUUAAAGUCAAGUCAGUUAAAAGUACACAGAGGACAAGCUUUUUCUUUGGUCACCAAGAUGCUUAUUUUUAUGCCAAAUAUGAUGAAUUGUUAUAUACAACCAAAGCAAUAUACUUUUACCUGAUUUUCAGGCCCCAUGACUAAAUGUCUAGAGACAUUCUCACCGGUUAUGCACCUUUCAAUCGGUAGCUUCAUUUUGGGAAACAUGUUUCUGAGGAACAGAGGGAUCUAUAUAUGUUAAAUUCAUCUAUGGCUGUCGUGAUCUUAUAAGAGAAUGGUUAUAGUCCUACUUGUACAUGGAAACGUGGCUUGAAUGUUAAUUUGGUAACGCAUAAACACGAAGUUCAAGCAUGUU